AUGUGGUCGUCAAUGUUGACCACAUCUUCAUCCUACACCUCCACAUCAUGUGGUGCAUACAUUGGUCUAGUACUCGAUGGCCUGACAUUCAGCCUCAAUGUCGAGUGGCUUGAGGCUGGGUGGGCGUGUGCCACCAAUGCCAUGCCCUAUCAUGCGCCGGUGCUCGCUUACCUGCCGCGCCUUCGUGCGCCUAACCUGGGGCCAUGGAGGCAUCGCCCUAUACCACGCGCACGAGGUUGCUCGCUUACAUCGUGGCUCGCGAUAGCAUCUCGCAUACCUCAGCUCCACCAUGCUGUGACAUUGGUAGUUCAGACAACAACAACACCAUUGCAGAGAGUUCUUCGACAUGAAUAUUCUUCCCAAGUGCCGCCUAUGCCUGCUUUCAAGACUCACAUCUCUUCCGGUCUACCUGCAGAACCUUACAUACCCUUUGUAGGGCACGUAGCAUCUUCUCAGGCACCAUAUUCGCCAGGUUUCCCAGCCUCGACAAUGUCCCAUCCGACUCAACCCAUCUUCAUCCACCGGGGUGGAUGGGACGAUGAGACUCGCCAGCACCCAGCUAUGAAGUCCAUGGAGGACUACACCGCGGGCAUCAUCGAUACCCGUUCCUGGGACGAGCCAGUCGAGAAGUGCCUCCAAAAAACGUCCACUGGCGAGACCAUCUCCGGCGCUGAAGCAGCGUUCACAUCUGUCAAGGAAAUCUACGCACCUUUCACCUCCCAAUUGGCAUGA